AAGAAAAAACCCACUCUCUCGGGCUCGCACAGGCGCCUUGAUUUCACUGUAACCGGUAGGCGUUAAAGUGCGUUCCGGACCAACCUCAUGAUGGAGACGGAUAGUUGUUUGUCUUUCUCUUCGCAGCCAAACCGGACACCACCAGAGAACUCACCGGGUUUGGAACAGCAUAGUUCCUCGGGUUCGUUUCUUCCCUGUGACGAACUUCAGAAAAACGCACACCUUCCUCUCGCGCACCGCCUGAGUCUCCGGGGUCAGGGUGACUUCUACAGCUCGAGCUCCGUGGGACGAUUUAAUGACGGCGCACCCGCGGACUUUACGCACGGGGCAGCUCCCACGAACCCUCGCGCCUCGCCCAACAAACAUAGCAAAUAUAUGGAAAAUAUUAAUCAGGAUCAAAAUGGUUUAUCAAUAAGCGGGAAGGGCUCGUUUUAUGAAAACAACUCCGAGGCCAGAGAGAAGGUGGGUCCCAAGCCCAUGGGCUACCCAGUGAUUGGUUCAGACUUCUGCAUCAAGCUGAAGGAGCCAACCAAUGGUCUCCAAACAGGGGACUCAAUCGCAGACUCCAUCGACCUAUCGGGCAAGAACAAGAAGCGUCGUAACCGUACCACGUUCAGUACGUUCCAGUUGGAGGAGCUGGAGAAGGUGUUUCAGAAGACUCACUACCCUGAUGUUUACGCCCGGGAACAGCUGGCCCUUAGGACCGAACUCACAGAGGCCCGUGUACAGGUGUGGUUCCAGAACCGACGGGCCAAGUGGAGGAAGAGGGAACGCUACGGGAAGAUCCAGGAGGUGCGAAACCACUUUGCUGCUACGUACGAUAUCUCUACGUACCAGAUGCAGAGCAACCUGUGGCCAGGAGCUGGUGCAGGAGGGGGCGGGGGGUCCGGCGGGGGCUGUGUCCUGAGCCCUGACAGCAUGUCUUCCUCUUGUAUGAGCCCCUACCCCCAUCCCCACAGCAACCUCUCCUCCAUGGGCUUCAUGGGCAUGCCCCCGUCCUCCAGCCACCCCCACCACCCUCACCAUCACCCCCCACACCACCCUGGCAUCAAUAGCCUCUACUCUCUCCACAGCUUCCCUGGGGCCCUCGGGGGCCACUCCUUUGAGCCAGGGCCCGAGACAGAGUAUAAGCCAUCCAGCCUGUUGGCCCUGCGGAUGAAGGCUAAGGACCCUGGGAGUCUUCUAUCCUGGCCUACAUGAUCACCACAGUGUCAGGGCCCUACUAUGUACUGACUGAGCCAAUGUACACACACACAUCCAAACUCAAUCUUGUAUACUAGCUACGCCAUGGAUAGUUAUGGCCACAUGUGUUUGUGUUGCUGCAUGUUGAUAACAGAAGAAGUCAAAACUCUCUCCUGUGGUUCACUAUAAUAUGUAUACACACACUCUGCUAUUUUUCUCCCGAAAACGUAAACCCACAGACUUCAAAACAUGACAUGAUAAACAGUUUUGAGUUUUUUAGGUAUUUUGUCCCUGGGCAUUUCCAUGUAAAAAGGACCAACAUGUAAAAGUUAAUACGAACAGGUUAAACUGGGUGUCAAAUGAAAACUAAGAGUCUAUAUUUUUGGGGAAAUGAAUGCAUAGAAACCAUUUUCCAUCUUGAACAUUUGUCAUAAAGUAAAGGCUUUGAUUUCUGGACAAAGGGGGUCUUAGAAAACAUCUACCAGAAAAAAAACGUUUUAAAGGUAUCAGAAAUACAUCAAAACACAAUAAUAUUGUAGUAUAAAGACCCCUGCCAACUAAUAUCAACACUUACUUUUAGUUUUGGUUAAAUGUACCAUCUGUAAGUAUAAUAAAUAUUUCCUUUGUAAUUGUAAUUUGUAAUUCCGUUACCAAACAGCCACAUACUGUAUCUCCUUCAUGAGACAUACCAAUUAGUUAUAGUGAUUUUACUGAUAUCAAAUUUUGUUUUUGACGUAUUAAGUGAUUAAAAUGCGUAAUUCGAAAUACCAAGCAAUCUGUAACGUAAUGACUGCAAGUGAAUUGGCUACGAUAGGAAAUCGUAGUAGUCACAAACCACAGUUGAAUCACCUGUUACUGUCCUCCCUUCCACUGACAUACUGUUAUGUUCAGCUCAUAGUGUCUCCUGUUACUGUCCUCUCUACCACUGACUGUUAUGUUCAGCUCAUAGUGUCUCCUGUUACUGUCCUCCCUUCCACUGACUGUUAUGUUCAGCUCAUAUUGUCUCCUGUUACUGUCCUCUCUACCACUGACUGUUAUGUUCAGCUCAUAGUGUCUCCUGUUACUGUCCUCCCUUCCACUGACUGUUAUGUUCAGCUCAUAUUGUCUCCUGUUACUGUCCUCUCUACCACUGACUGUUAUGUUCAGCUCAUAGUGUCUCCUGUUACUGUCCUCUCUUCUACUGACUGUUAUGUUCAGCUCAUAGUGUCUCCUGUUACUGUCCUCUCUUCUACUGACUGUUAUGUUCAGCUCAUAGUGUCUCCUGUUACUGUCCUCUCUACCACUGACUGUUAUGUUCAGCUCAUUUACAUUUACAUUUAAGUCAUUUAGCAGACGCUCUUAUCCAGAGCGACUUACAAAUUGGUGCAUUC